UCACCAGAAUAUUCCUUAGAAUUGUGGGAUAAUUUUCUUUUCGAUCAAAAUUCGCUUUCGUUUAACGUCAACGAUUCCGAAGAAAUGCUCCUUUUUGGUGUGCUAGCAGAGGGCGGCGCCACCGUAAGGGAGUCGUCGGAAUCCAAUUCCGCUGCCGGAAGCUUUAAAGAGGAAGAAGUCACCUCAAGUGUGAAAAAAGUACUGGAGAAGGAAAAAUCAUACAGAGGUGUGAGACGGCGGCCGUGGGGGAAAUACGCUGCGGAGAUUAGGGAUUCAACUAGGAAUGGAGUCAGGGUUUGGCUUGGGACGUUCGAUUCCGCGGAGGCAGCCGCCUUGGCGUAUGAUCAAGCAGCGUUUUCGAUGAGGGGUGCGGCGGCGGUGCUCAAUUUUCCGGUGGAGAGAGUGAUGGAAUCACUUCAAGAAAUGAAGUAUAGAUUUGAAGAAGGGUGUUCUCCAGUAAUUGCAUUGAAGAAAAGACAUUCAAUGAGGAAAAAUUUAGGGAUUAAAAAGAAGAAAAUUAAAGAAUCAAAGGCAGAAAAUUUGUUGGUUUUAGAGGAUUUGGGUGAUGAAUAUUUGGAGGCACUUUUGAGUUCAUCAUCGUCAGAGUGUGCAGGAGUUUGGUGAUCCAUCUGCAAAUUCUAAAUUUCUUCUUUCAUUUCUUGAUGAUUUCAAUUCUUUUAAGCAGAGCAUUUGUUGAAUUUGAUUGUAUCGUCGAGAACGAAAUUUAAAUGAUGAAGUUUCAUAAUUUUCAAACAAUCGAGUUGAGUUAAUCUUCUGAUGAAAAGUAAAAGUUGUACGCACGUUUGGAACUGUGUUAAAAACAAAAUUACCUA